GUGCUCUGGUUUUAUGCGAUUGCCCAAGUUGUAUGUUGCGGCGUAACGUUUGCUAUUUGCAUACGGUCGGCUUCGGUGUCAACCGAUUAACAAGAUACAUUAUAAUAAUUAAAUAGUAUAUUUGCGCAUAUCUUUAUUCAAUAAAGUAUAAUUUAUUAUACCAAACCAUGGAGAUUGAGAUUUUAAGCAACGUCGGUUCGAAGCCGCUGGGAAAGAUUCAGGUGCCCGCAGAUGCCACCAUCAAAGUUGUGAAAGAUAAAAUUCAUCAGUCGGUGAAGAAGUCGUUAUAUCCCAGCCGCCAAUCCAUAACUCUUGAAGCCAAAGGCAAAUCGCUGAAGGAAGAGCAAUCACUUAAAGAAUUAAAUAUUCAAAAUGGUGCCAAGCUUUAUGUCAGAGAUCUGGGUCCUCAAAUCUCAUGGAAGGGGGUAUUCUUGGCAGAAUACGCAGGCCCAUUCUUCGUGUACCUUUGGGUUUACCAGAGGCCCUGGAUUCUCUAUGGAACUCCUUCAGAAGGUCCCUCUACUGUUGCCAGCGUUGCUGCCAUAUGCUGGUCAAUCCACUAUGCCAAAAGAUUGCUUGAAACCCUAUUUGUACACCGUUUCUCCCAUGGCACAAUGCCACUGAGGAACUUGUUCAAGAACUGCUCCUACUACUGGCUGUUCACCCUGUAUGUGGCAUACCAUAUCAACCACCCCCUGUACACACCACCCUGCACUAACUGUUUCUACAUAGGGCUUGCUGGUUUUGCUUUCUGCGAGGUAGGCAACUUGAGCAUCCACAUCUUACUGAAGAACCUGCGCCCGCCGGGCACCAAAGUGAGGCGUAUCCCUGUGCCCAACGGCAACCCGUUCUCUGCGCUCUUCAACUACGUGUCCUGCCCGAACUACACCUAUGAAGUUGGCUCCUGGGUGUUCUUUACCGUCAUGACACAGUGUGCACCCGCUGGCUUGUUCGCGGCGGUCGGCUUCUACCAAAUGGCGGUGUGGGCGGUCGGCAAGCACCGCAACUACAAGAAGGAGUUCCCCGACUACCCCAAGAGCCGUAAAGCAAUCAUUCCAUUCAUUCUAUAAAACUUUACUCAGUUGCAUUACUCGACGUCUGACGUCUAAUGUUUUCCAAGUAGUAUUGUCGUUAAAGUUUGAGAUCUAUCGCACAUGGCGUAAUUUUCCAGCGAUCAAGCUAGAUUUUUCUAGACGAACCAAAAAAUAGCAAAUAACAAAUUUGCUUUAUACCCCUUCAUAUGACCUUAAAAAGCAUGAAGUUGGAUAUAAAAUAGUUAUAGUUUUUGGUUUCGGCAGCCUCCGCUACUAAAUCGAAGCUAAACGUGUGACUUAGGACUUAGGGGUCGUCCAUUAAUUACAUCACACAAAAUUUCGAUAUUUUUUUAGACAAUCCGAAUCGAAUCGUUUCUGGUGCAGAGGGUGUCCAUAGCCAUCCAGCGGGGUAAUGCCGUGAGCAUUAUGGGCACUUUUGCACCGGAAGCGAUAGCGAACGGGUUUGACUAAAUUACCUCGUGUAAUUAUAUAAUUAUUUGUAAGAAAUGUAAUAUUUUAUUGUAUUGGAAAUCAAUUUUAGACAAUUGAGAAAUUGAAAAACUUUCUAUGGUGGAUCUUAUGAGGUUAAACAAAAUAAAAUACCCGUCGCCACUUAUUAAUGCUUAAAAGCGACCGUGUGCGAUACCUCUUAAAAAUAUUCGAAUUCUUCGCGUAUGCAUUGCAUUACGGCGGUGUUGGAUAUCGAAGGUGAUGGUUUUUUUUUAAUUUAUUGUAUGCUAAUGACUGAAUGUUGAUAAGAAAUAACUUGCAAUACGUAGUAUGUUUUAACGUUUAAUUAUUUUUAAGCUCAUAACAUUAAAAUAUUCUAGUAUUAGUAAUCAAUA